AUGGUAGUCUACCGUGACACGAGCUCUGUGCGGUGGAGCGCUGUCCUGUUGAAACAGCUCCCUCUGACGGUCAAUACUUGGAAGAAGGUGUUCCUGUUCAUUGGUCACAUGUUCCUGUUCAUGUAUCAUGUGUUCCUGUUCAUUGGCAAGAUGUUUCUGUUUAUAUAUCAUGUGUUCCUGUUCAUUGGUCAGAUGUCCUUGUUCAUGUAUCAUGUGUUCCUGUUCAUUGGUCAGAUGUUCCUGUUCAUGUAUCAGGUGUUCCUGUUCAUUGGUCAGAUGUUCUUGUUCAUGUAUCAUGUGUUCCUGUUCAUUGGUCAGAUGUUCCUAUUCAUGUAUCAGGUGUUCCUGUUCAUUGGUCAGAUGUUCCUGUUCAUGUAUCAUGUGUUUCUGUUCAUUGGUCAGAUGUUCCUAUUCAUAUAUCAUGUGUUCCUGUUCCUUGGUCAAAUGUUCCUGUUCAUGUAUCAGGUGUUCCUGUUCAUUGGUCAGAUGUUCUUGUUCAUGUAUCAUGUGUUCCUGUUCAUUGGUCAGAUGUUCUUGUUCAUGUAUCAUGUGUUCCUGUUCAUUGGUCAGAUGUUCCUAUUCAUGUAUCAUGUGUUCCUGUUCAUUGGUCAGAUGUUCUCGUUCAUGUAUCAGGUGUUCCUGUUCAUUGGUCAGAUGUUCUCGUUCAUGUAUCAGGUGUUCCUGUUCAUUGGUCAGAUGUUCUUGUUCAUGUAUCAUGUGUUUCUGUUCCUUGGUCAGAUGUUCCUGUUCAUGUAUCAUGUGUUCCUGUUCAUUAGUCAGAGGUUCUCGUUCAUGUAUCAGGUGUUCCUGUUCAUUGGUCAGAGGUUCUCGUUCAUGUAUCAGGUGUUCCUGUUCCUUGGUCAGAUGUUCCUGGUCAUGUAUCAGGUGUUCCUGUUCAUUGAUCAGAGGUUCUCGUUCAUGUAUCAGGUGUUCCUGUUCAUUGGUCAGAGGUUCUCGUUCAUGUAUCAGGUGUUCCUGUUCCUUGGCCAGAUGUUCCUGUUCAUAUAUAACGGGGAGAAACCAUCCGCUGCAGCUAACCCGGUUAACUACAUCUCCCUGCGACAUGAAAGGCCUUUUGGCCAAAACACAUAG